AUGGCAACCCCUGGAGAAGGCAGCAACCCCAGUGGCACAGUGACAGCCCAGCGACUGGCACAGCCAAGGAAACUUGAGCCACGGUUGGCCCGGAGACGCCUGUCCCAGGCCCGCCACCGAGCCACCAUGUCAGUGCUCUUCAACGACCUCAGGAAGACCAUUUACCCCCAGUCUGAUUUCACAGCUUCAAAGUGGCAGGUUCUGAAUAAGGCGAAGAAUCAUAUUCAGGAACUGGAACAAACCCUGGAUAAUUUGCUGAAGAUGAAAGAAUCUUUCAACCUGGAAGAUGGAAAUGCAAACACCUUAGAGGAGGUCAGGAAAGAAUAUGCCAGCUUGUACUCCAGAAAUGACAGUUUUCCUCUGAAUGGCUCCUUCCUCUGGUACCUCACCUUCUACAAGCAGACGAUGGACCUCCUGACGGGGCACGGGAUCAUCUCCUCGCUGGAGGUGACGCUGCCCAUCGUCUCCGCGGCCAUCUCCCACGUGUGGCAGAAGCUGUCGGAGGAACACAAGGCGAGCCUCCUGCAGGCCUGCGCGCAGAAGCACCUCCUGGGCCCAGUGGGGCCCUGCGCCGAGGGCAGCGUGAGGGACAGCGGGGUGGACAGCCAGGGGGCCAGCUGCUCGCUCGUCUCCACCCCGGAGGAGAUCCUUUUUGAAGAUGCAUUUGAUGUGGCGAGUUUCCUAGACAAAAGUGAGGCUCCAAGUACAUCUAGCCCUAGUUCAGUGUUUGCCAGCUGCAACCCAGAAAAUCCAGAGGAAAAGUUCCAGCUCUAUAUGCAGAUCAUUGAUUUUUUUAAAGACCUUUGCUGUGUUAACACUCAGUUAAAACAGGAACCAGACCUUCCCAUUGAUGAUGAGAUGAUAAUGUUGAGGUGCAUGGAGACUUUUGAUGAUGAAGAUUUGUAAUGCAGAAGGGCUGGGAAGGAAAGAGACUGAACGAGGGUGAGAAGUUUCCACGUCUGAAUUCUGGCAGCUAAGUUUGUACCUGCCUCGACCUUCUGGAACUCUUUGGAGUGAACUGCCCCAGAAGCAUUUUGAUAGU